AUGAUUGGCGACCCCGUGCUGGUAGUCCAGCCUUCUAGCGAGCUCGAAUUUUUCAUCCCCACAGUAAUAAUACCCAGCACCGUUUCUUCCUCAAAUAUUUGUCGAGGUUUGGGUCUACAAAACAUACAAAGCGAACGUCUGCUCAAGUAUCGAGCUGCGCCGUGUCUAACGAGAAGAAGAAUGCAGGAAAAGGAGAACACUGCCCCUUUCUCGCACCCAGCACUGCCGCAAGCACGGAAGUACAACGGAAAGCUGUUUCCACUGGUGGUUUCGCCUCCUGCCCAUCUUUCUCAUCUUUCAUCUGACACAGCCAAAGCUCAUGCCUAUCUAAAGCAACAUCAACAGGUCAUAAACUCGUUACUCAACGAACAUUCUGUUCUACUUUUCCGUGGCUUUUCGCAAGAAACUCCGCAGCAUUUUGCAGAGUUUGUAGAAGACUGCCUUGGUCUCCCAAACUUUCCGUAUGUAGGGGGAAACGCUGUUCGUACAGCAAUAGUCGGAGACCGGGUUUUUACUGCGAAUGAGUCUCCACCAGAGAAGCCUAUCCCCUUUCAUCAUGAAUUGGCGCAAACUCCAAACUUCCCGAGCAGGCUUUUAUUCUUUUGUGCUUGGCCUGCAGAGAGUGGGGGAGAAACUCCAGUACUUUACUCCCCAGCUGUUUACGACGAACUCCGCCAUCGCUGCCCUGAGUUUUUAGAGAAAAUCGAGUCGACAGGGGUGCGCUACUCACGCGUCAUGACGCCUGAUGAUCGGCCUCAUUCUGCGAUAGGGCGCGGGUGGCGCGGAACCUUUGCAGCUAGAAGUCGUGAGCAAGCAGAGAUAGCGUUACGAGAAAAAGGAUACGACUGGGAAUGGCUUGACGACGGGGAAGAUGCUAAGCUGAAGGAGAUAAGCCCUCUUUUGAAGGCUGUGCACGUCGCUGAUGACGGUCGCAAGAGUUUCUUCAAUCAAUUGUUCGCUGUGUGGGGUGGCUGGAGGGAUGAAUUCAAUAUGCCGAAUAACUGCAUUACGGCUGGGGAUGGGUCACCACUCGACCCUGAUGCAAUGAAGAUUGUCGCGGACGUCAUGGCCGCGCAUCGAGUCGCCGUACCGUGGCGACAAGGAGACGUUAUGUACAUUGACAAUAUGAUGGCGCAGCACACACUACUGCCUCCAAAAUAUUCUUGGCUGUUGUCCUUCAACCACAUCCCACUGAAUGUGAUUCUGUCUCCGUGUAUACCCACUUCUGUUACUCAAAGUUGUAUCUCCGAUUUGGCUUCAAAAAGUGUCAAAGAUGUCCUCACGGAUGAUGCUAAGUCAUGA